UUUCAUCCUGCAGCUCUGCAGUGUGUUUGCUUCUUUCCGUAACAGCUGGGAUGGAAUGCUGCUACUGCUGGGGGAGGCAUUUUAGCCAGUGCUCUUCUACAAGCGGCCUCUCUGCCUGGGGCUCUGCAGCUUUCAAAGCUAUCUGCUGAACAAAGGGGUCGUUCUGGAAAUGCAUAAGAUAGAAUAUUAUUCAGCGUGGCACUGACGGAGGGCUUGGCUUCGGAGGUGAUGGCAUUAAGAUGCUUACAUGUUGGAAGAAACACCGAUGCAUGCUUUGAAUGAGGAUUCCAAAGGAUGCUGCUUGCUCAUACCGAUGAACUACUUUGACAGCCAGAUUUCCAACUCAUUAAGUUGCUGCUAAUGAUUUGUACGGUUGCAGUACUUUUGGCGUUGUGUGUUUUUUUUGGACCAGCAAUUCUAUGGUGUUAACCUGGAAUGACAGUAAUUGCAGCCUAUUGUUUUGUAAAUGAAGUAAACACAUCAUUUUGUGCCAUUUGGGAAUUAGCUGGAUACGUGUCUCCUGGAGUGCCCUAGCCACUUGUGGCCUGAGUCAUCACGUGUAUACGAAAAAACUGCAAUCCAGAACUAACCGCCAGCUUCUACAGUUGUCAAUUUUGUGGACGUUUCUGGAUAUAUAUUUAUUGCAUAAGCUACAAAUUAUUCUAACAUACUAUGGACAAACCCUGGACAAAUGCAGCUUUUUUUCAACUUGAUUUUAUAGCUGCUAGAAAAAGCUGACUGUUACAUUUAGAAAUUGACCUUAAAUGAUGCUGAGUAGUUUUCCUAUGUGUGCUUUGAUGGAGAAACGGUUCUUAACCAUUGCUAGUGCUGUGACUGCUUACUAGUUAAUGGUUUUACUUUAAAUGUUUUAAUGAAGAAAUAGUUUAUGGUUAAAGAGGCAUUUUAUUUAAUAUGAAAUAUUUUCUUAAGUCUUUUUACAGUGUUUUAAAAUAGAUGCGAACUAGUAAUUGGCAUGUAUUAUGAAUGAAUGAUGAAUAAUGAGCGUUUUCAAAGUCUGUACAUGUGUUACAACACAACCCUAAAGCAUACUAGUACAGCAUAACAGAAGAAACAUCUAUAAACGGGACAAUUUCUUAUUGCCUUACUGUUUUAGUAAAUGAAAUAGAACCUCAUUAAUAGAUCGAAUGAGCCGCGUAUGCAUUGUGGUUUUGGAGGAGGGGGAAGAUGAUGCUCCUCACUUUACUUCCAAGUUACCUCAAAGAAAAAUUUUAACUCCACCUGGAAUUGUAACGCCACCCCUGGUUCAAGCAAUUUUUAACGGGGAUCCUGAUGAAGUCCGGGCAUUGAUAUUCAAGAAGGAAGAUGUUAACUUUCAGGAUAAUGAAAAAAGAACCCCACUUCAUGCUGCUGCAUAUCUCGGAGAUGCUGAAAUUAUUGAGCUUCUAAUUUUAUCUGGAGCUAGAGUAAAUGCCAAAGACAGCAAAUGGUUGACUCCUCUGCACAGAGCUGUGGCAUCCUGCAGUGAGGAUGCUGUUCAGGUGUUAUUAAAGCAUUCAGCCGACGUCAAUGCCCGUGACAAGAACUGGCAGACCCCUUUGCACAUAGCAGCAGCAAACAAAGCUGUAAAGUGCGCAGAAGCACUGGUGCCUCUUCUUAGCAAUGUAAAUGUAUCUGACAGAGCAGGGAGAACGGCAUUACACCACGCAGCCUUCAGUGGUCAUGUUGAGAUGGUGAGUUUACUUCUGUCUCGAGGUGCCAACAUUAACGCAUUCGACAAGAAGGAUCGGCGGGCAAUUCAUUGGGCAGCAUAUAUGGGUCAUAUUGAAGUUGUAAAACUACUUGUGACUCACGGAGCUGAAGUAAUGUGUAAAGACAAGAAGUCCUAUACACCACUACAUGCAGCUGCAUCAAGUGGAAUGAUUAGUGUAAUAAAGUAUCUUUUAGACCUUGGAGUAGAUAUGAAUGAAUCAAAUGCAUAUGGUAACACACCCCUUCAUGUGGCUUGCUACAAUGGGCAAGAUGUCGUGGUGAAUGAACUUAUAGACUGUGGUGCUAAUGUGAACCAAGUAAAUGAGCGGGGAUUUACUCCUUUGCACUUUGCUGCAGCAUCCACCCAUGGUGCACUAUGUCUAGAACUUUUAGUUUGUAAUGGAGCUGAUGUGAAUAUUAAGAGUAAAGAUGGGAAGACACCGCUACAUAUGACAGCUAUACAUGGACGCUUUUCAAGAUCCCAAAUAAUCAUCCAGAAUGGAGCAGAAAUAGACUGUGAAGAUAAGAAUGGAAACACCCCAUUGCACAUAGCUGCCAGAUAUGGCCACGAGCUUCUCAUUAACACUCUAAUUACCAGUCGAGCGGACACAUCAAAGCGGGGCAUCCACGGAAUGUUUCCUCUCCAUUUAGCCGCCUUAAGUGGCUUUUCAGAUUGCUGCAGAAAGCUCCUUUCUUCAGGUUUUGACAUAGAUACUCAUGAUGACUUUGGUAGGACCUGUCUUCAUGCAGCCGCAGCUGGAGGAAACCUGGAGUGCCUAAAUUUGUUGCUAAGCACAGGUGCAGACUUCAACAAAAAAGACAAGUUUGGAAGGACUCCGCUUCACUAUGCUGCAGCCAACUGUAAUUAUCAGUGCCUGUUUGCACUUGUUGGUUCUGGAGCUAGCGUAAAUGACCUUGAUGAGAGGGGUUGUUCACCACUGCACUAUGCAGCUACUUCUGAUACAGAUGGCAAGUGCCUGGAAUAUUUACUCAGAAAUGAUGCAAACCCAGGAAUCAGGGACAAACAUGGGUAUAAUGCAGUACAUUAUGCAGCUGCUUAUGGACAUCGCUUAUGUCUUGAGCUGAUCGCAAGAGAAACUCCUCUAGAUGUUCUCAUGGAGACUUCAGGUACUGACAUGCUGAAUGAUGCAGAAACCAGGGCACCUAUAAGUCCAUUGCACCUAGCUGCUUACCAUGGUCACCAUCAAGCUCUGGAGGUGCUAGUACAGUCUUUACUGGACCUUGAUGUAAGGAACAGCACUGGCCGGACUCCUCUGGAUCUUGCUGCAUUCAAAGGACAUGUUGAAUGUGUAGAUGUUUUGAUUAACCAAGGAGCAUCAAUAUUGGUAAAGGACUACGUUGUCAAGAGAACACCAAUCCAUUCUGCAGAAAUCCAAAUGGUUGAUUCCAGAAAUUCAGUUAAUAAAAACAAUACUGAACUUUGCAAUUCUGCACAGAAAAAAGUAAGAGCAAAGGACAUGCCCAGUGCUAUCAAUGGACAUUCAGAAUGCUUAAGGCUCCUCAUAGGAAAUGCUGAUGUGCAGGCAGCAGUGGAUAUUCAUGAUGGGAAUGGCCAGACACCUCUGAUGCUUUCUGUUCUAAAUGGCCAUACAGAAUGUGUCUAUUCUCUGCUAAAUAAAGGAGCCAAUGUAGAUGCCAAAGAUAAAUGGGGAAGGACAGCGCUGCAUAGAGGGGCAGUGACAGGACAUGAGGAGUGUGUGGAAGCAUUGCUCCAGCACAACGCAAAUUUCCUAUUACGAGACUGCAGAGGUCGGACUCCUAUUCACUUAGCAGCAGCUUGUGGGCAUAUAGGUGUCCUAAGUGCUCUUUUGCAGACUGCCAUUUCUGUGGAUGUUGUUCCAGCAAUAGCAGACAAUCAUGGAUACACACCACUUCAUUGGGCUUGCUAUAAUGGUCAUGAUGCGUGUGUAGAGCUUUUGUUGGAGCAAGAAGUGUUUCAGAAAAUGGAAGGAAAUUCUUUCAGCCCGUUACAUUGCGCAGUGAUCAAUGAUAAUGAAGGUGCUGCUGAAAUGCUAAUUGAUACAUUAGGUACCAGCAUUGUAAACUCAGUGGACUCCAAAGGAAGGACACCUCUUCAUGCUGCAGCCUUUACAGACCAUAUUGAAUGUUUACAGCUUUUGCUCAGCCAUAAUGCUCAAGUAAAUGCUGUGGAUUCUACUGGUAAAACACCAUUGAUGAUGGCAGCUGAGAAUGGACAGACUAGUGCAGUCGAGGUAUUGGUUAGCAGUGCUAAAGCUGAUCUAACGUUGCAAGACAAGAAUAAGAAUACUGCACUACACUUGGCAUGCAGUAAGGGUCAUGAAACUAGUGCCUUGUUAAUAUUAGAGCAAAUCACAGACCGAAACCUCAUCAAUGCAACAAAUUCAGCUUUGCAAACACCUCUCCAUGUAGCUGCUCGAAAUGGACUGACGGUUGUUGUACAGGAGCUUCUGGGAAAGGGAGCAAGUGUCUUAGCAGUGGAUGAAAAUGGCUACACACCAGCAUUGGCCUGUGCUCCUAAUAAGGAUGUUGCUGAUUGCCUAGCUCUAAUACUGGCCACAAUGAUGCCAGUAUCCUCCAGCAGCUCCUUGCCCUCUAUGACUUUAAAUGCCAUUAACCACUACAACAACACCUCAAAGACUGUCACUUUCGACACUCUACCUGUAAUGAGAAGCGAGCACAGCUCCUACUGCAGUUUUAACAACAUCGGCAGGGAAGAUGGAUACCCAUAUACAGAAGAGGAUGAACUCAAUGAUUCUGACUCUGAGACCUAUUAAAAUUCUUGAAGAGCUCAACUUUUAAAUUGUUCAAUUUGUGCAGAUUGGAAGUGUUAAUAGAAUGCCGGCGUUGCCAGAUUGGCCCGUAAUGCAGGGAACAAUUGGCAACUUUGCAGCAACAAGUGAUUUUUUUUUCUUUUUAAAGCAUACACUGAUUUAUCAAAUGACUCUAGAAGAGUUUUAAAUCUUUUUUCACUUUUGUUGGAUAAAAAAAAAUUCCAAUUAGCUGGCGUUUCCAACCCUCAUUAAAUGUUUCCUGCAGAUUUCAGCUCCAUGGCGACAUUUCUAAUUGAGAAGGAAGGCUGGGGGAUCACAGAGAACAUGAUCAUUACACUUUUAUUUCCUAUUUUAUUGUCUGUGUCAAGCGUACAUUUUAUAUCACAGGGCACAGAGGUCCGGUUUAGCAGACAACUCAUACAAUUGUACAGGAGACAAUAUAUAGUGACAGAUGUAUAAAUAAAAAUGAAACCAUUUUGAUGGCAAUAAAUGAAUUUGGUAAGCUGGCAUUGUGUGUACAUCAGUUUGCCAAAGGACCAAAAAAAAGUUUGUGUUUUUUGUUUUGUUUUACAAAGUUUUUGAUGUAAAAUAACCGGAAUUUGUUCAUCUAAAAUUUUGCAUCAAAUUUUGAGCCUAGUUUCUUGAAACAAUAUAAGGAGUUGAAUGAUGGAAUUUGUAUUUCCUUCUUCACAAGCAAAGAAGAGAGGUGGCAAUGGCGCGCACCUCAGCAGAAUACUCAACCUUGUUCAGCGCUGCUGGGAUGAUGAGUUCUUCAAAUGGGAACAAUAACUGUUUAGUUGUUUUUUAAGCCUUUUUUUCUUUUUCUAGUGUUUCUGUGGCAUUCAUUCUAAUAACCCCUUUUAUAGUCUUUGGUGUAAGGGAUUUUCUGAGGAAACAUUGGUCUGUGGCUGUUGUAGAAUAAAGAUGUCUAUGCAUGGUACGUCACUUCACAUGACUGAGACCCAGGAAGGGCAGUGCUACAAAAUAGAAGCAUUAGUACACUUUCACAUUUACUGUUAAUAUGUCAUCUGUGCAUUGUAUAAAGCAGGGAUAGGGAAGCCAUAGCCAGACAGGUGUUGCCUUGGACUGCCAAAACUGAAGAGAGAGUUCCACAGUAGCCAGCGGUGGCCUAUCCCUGGAAUCAAAUUCUUUUUCUUUCUGUUGAUCUGAAGCAAAGAUACCCAUGGUUUUCUGUUAGUGCACAAGCUUCUUUCCCUUAGCUACACGUAGCAACGCUCGCCAAGCUUCCCUGAUAAAGGGUAGAUAUGAAAUAGCUUAUUGCUUCCAUUUCUUGGCUAUGAUUAAAUAUAAGUUGCUUAGCUAUAUUUCCAAGUGGUCCUCCACCAAAUGUAGCGCCCAUUGCAUUUGCACAGAUGACCGUAUGCGAUGGGGAAAACUGAACGGAGCAGAUUUGCUCUCGGGAGGUUUAGAAGUCAUUUUCUGUUAAUGCUAUAGUUAAUUUUAUCUGAUACAAAUACAAUUCCCAUGAAAAUGGGCAGGCACAUAAAUAUUUAAUAGAGAUGUCUAUUGCGUUUAAAAUAUGAAACAUGCAGGUCCCAUGUGUGUAAAGUUCAUAACAAAAUUGUUUCUUAUUUUAUUUAUAAGUUGGCAGAAUCCAAAAAAAAAAUGCAGCCGCUAAGCAGAAACAUAUUCGUCUAGAAUAGCGAAUCAAAUUCUCUUCCCAAUCAGAGGAAGCCAAUCAAACAGCUUCGAAGCCUGCAGGUAAUUGUAGGCUGCCCAUGCAGGAAGAAUGGGGACUGGUGAAUGUGAUUCCUGAGUGUUUGCUUGGCUCUGCUUUAACAACCAGGUUUGGUUCAUUAUCAAGUGAAUUUGGUUACGUUUUUGUGUCCGGGUUUAGAUACAAAUCAUUUGUUCUAAACCUGAUUUUAAUUUUUUUUUCCUUUUGUAUUGUGAAACUGGAACGCUUUUAAACUGUAAAUGAUCUGCUGUUUUCUGACCAGAGUGAAAACAGGACAGUAUUUUGAUCUAUUUGAUAAUUUUGUGAGUUUUUCCAUUUUAAAGACAAUAUGGGCAUGUACAUAGAAAUAGUAACUGCUUGGAUACUGUAUUUACCUGCACUCUUUCAGUACAUUGAAAUUCCUGUAUAUUUUAUGGAGUAUAAUAAAAAAAAAUGUGAGUUAUGUUU